AUGCCAUAUCAGUGUAUCGACAAACGAAGAAACCUGCUAAUUGCCGCCAGAGAUUCGAGUAUCGACCUCAUCAACCUGGAAAAUGGGUCAUACCUCUCAACAUGGACUUGUCCCUGGCCAGAGAAGCCUCAAAUAUCAAAACCCGAGAUUGAGCAACCAUCCAAGCUCCUCGCGACUCAAGAGUCUCAGUCGUCAUCGGUUGAUAUAGUUAUAGAUUCAAAAUCACCGCCAGCCAAAAGGAGAAAACUCUCAUCUGGGGAAGCGGACAAGGACCUAAUUAAAGAAGUAGAGCCAGAAACUCAAGGAACCAGCACGGCGAAAGUGACGAAGAAUGGAAACGAGAAGAAUCAAAAGAAACAGAAGCAGAAUAACCGCUCAGUUGCCAUUGCAAUUGGAUUGGAAGCUCCAGCUAUCAUUGCUUUGGCGGUCACAGUGAACAAUAAGCAUGUAGUUGCAGUGACUGGAGAAGACAAAUGCAUUCGGGUAUUUGAGAUAGUCGAUGAAGCAGAUGUCUCUAAAUUACAUCAAGUCAGCGAACGGAUCAUGCCAAAACGACCAUCAUCGAUAGCUAUAACACCAGACUCAGCAACUAUCCUGAGCGCUGACAAGUUUGGCGACGUCUACUCGCUACCGCUUAUACCAAGUUUGGACCAAGAUGCCCAAUCAGCCACACCCAUAGCAGAAAGACCUUUCAAGCCAUCAGCAAAUGAAAAAACAAUACACUCUCAACGCAACCGUAUAGCCUUGGAAAAUCAAAAACGCCAUCACAACAGUGCCCCUAAGAAUCAACUUCCUACUUUUGAACAUACCCUUCUCUUAGGUCAUGUUUCGUUGCUCAUCGAUCUUAAGCUAGCAACCCUGGAAGGAAAGACAUACAUCAUUACCAGUGAUAGAGAUGAGCACAUUCGGAUAUCAAGAGGAAUUCCCCAAGCUCAUGUCAUAGAGUCCUUCUGUCUGGGACAUAGGGAGUUCGUCAGCAGACUCUGUAUCCCAACAACAAGACCCGGCAUACUGGUGUCAGGCGGCGGAGAUGAUGAGAUCUACGUUUGGAAGUGGAAGAAUGCCGAGCUUUUAUGUAAAGCUGAUUUAAAGACACACGUGAAUGAGAUAGUAAGCGAAAGCGCAAAGGAGAAGAAGAUUGCUGUUUCAGGUAUUUACCAUACAAAUCACGAGGGCGUGGAUUUCGUACUUGUCACCGUUGAAGCUAUCCCAGGAAUCUUUGUUUUCAAACUCAUUGAUACCACCCUUACACACGUCCAAAAUAUCUUCCUACGGGGAAAUGCUCUCGGCGUAGUCACAACCCCUAGCCGAGUAAUCACCUCAAUCGACACAAUCCACACACCAGCCUCAACAAUCGAACUUCGCAGCUCCGACAAGCCAGACUCCUCUUUCGUCACGUUCAAGUUUACUAAUGGUGUACUCGAAGAAGAUUCAGACUUCAAAAUAGCGGGAGUCAAAGAUAGCGAAAUCGUGGAUGCAGAUAGUGUGGAGAACAAGCGAAUGAAGAAUCUCUUGUAUAGCAUUGAGAAUCUGAGGAAGAGGGUUGGUGAGAUCGAUGGUGGAGAGGCGGAAGACGGUUGA